AUGAGGAGUACGAAAUCAGUGCACGUGUGCAGCAAGAGAUUUUAUCGUGUGCCUUGCCUGGUAGCCGCGACUGCCAUGCCGGCGCCGAGUGCGGACUUGGCGGGAGUGUCUGUGGCGAAUGCGAUGGCGACGCAGGCGGGCCACCACCUAGUAGCUUCGGAGGCGAUGACGGGGGCAUUGGAGGGGCACGAUCGUAUUGGAUUGCAAUACAUGACCAAGUGGCAAGAGCGUUCGAGUGAGUUAGUGGAAUUGCGUACGAAGGUGUAUAUAACUCGGGCUGAGAUUCAGCGACAUGACGACGAAUAUAAUCAGAUCAAGGCUCGACUCUGCAAACCCGCACCGGGAGAGCAGCUGCAGCUCCUGGCCAAGCGCUUGGCACAGACCGUGGACACCAUGAAUCAGCUUCGCAACAUGGAACGGAACCUGCAGGCGCAAAUCUCUAACACCGAGGCCGCUAUGAAACAAUGCCUUACUGACGCGAUCGCGGCGCGCCAGUGCUUCCGUGCCCAGCUCGGCCUCACCCCCUGCCUCUACAACCCUAGCCAAAUGAUGCCCACCGCAUCAUGGGGCCAGGUUCCAAACUGGGGCCCACAAACGGCCUACCCCCCGAACAUAUACCAUUACGGAAGCCCCUAUCUCCCCUACCCGCCAGCCAUGACGCAGGGCUACAUCGGGGGACAAGACAACCUUAAUCUUGACGAUGACGAUUUCAGUGAUGACGAAUAA